AUGGAGCGAAUCAACGAUAUCUCCCCUUGGUUACUGGAAGCUGAGAGUCAUUCUCUUGGUGAGGUGCAUUCUGUCAGAUCUGGGACGCAUUCCCAUGGCGAACAAGAAAUCGACUCCCUUGGCGAAGAAGACUCCUUUGGCGACACCGAAAAUGACUCCGUACCUCUGCUCGCUUCGAAUAAUAAUGAGUUAAACUUAACCCUCAACCCUCGCCAAACCGCCUCCCAAUAUUCUAUCGGCUCAGCCUCUGUGGAAGGUUCCGACAGCGCUCCGACGCUUUCCGAGUAUACAUUCGCGUCUCGAGGCAAAGAGUUGAGAAAUUUUCUGCGGUUUUUAAAACGAAGGACGCCCGGGUUGGUGUCGCGAGGAUAUUCAUUGCAACUGAAUUUAUCGCUCAUUUCUCUCAUUGGUGGAGCUAUCUCGUUUCUCAUUAAACUGAAUAGCGUGAAUUCUGAAGAUAUCGUGUAUAGAAAUUGCAACUGUACAAUGUCGUAG